UCCCAGCUUCCUCCGGCUGCGCUGGUACAAGUGCUGAGGCGAGCGAAGACGCAGAAGUUUCUCCGCUACUCUUUUUCGCUGAAGUGUCGUGAGCGGUCGGGCACGACCGGCUCCGCCGUGACGACGUGAGCCCAGACGUGAGGGGGCGUUUCUCGAGGGACUGGACGAGAGGAAGGGGUCGUCUGAAGUGGAAAGAGCCGAGUAGGGAGGCGGGUAAAUUUCGCCAACACGGUCCCGCGAGCCAGGUAGUGUCGUUAGCCGGUCUACCGGCAACAAGCGGCGGCUCCUGUCAGUUGAGCAGGUGCGGGGAGAUCAAGUUUCUCGCGAAAGACUGGAUGAAGGCGAAGUCGAAACGGCCGGAUAUUCACUCCCCUGUUUCAUAUAAACCGGAGAUUUCUAGGAUACUGACACGCAGUGAGCUCGACAGACUGACGGCUUGCUUUGCUUCUCUGUAGUUUAUCAGUGUUUCUAUGUCUUAUAUUUACACGCUGUGUUAAAUCAUUGCUUAAGAACCUGUUUGCCCUUGCCUUAAACAAACAUCCACCAAUUCUGUUCCUCUGUGGUGGAUACCAGUGGAAGUGUAUGUGGAAAUAAGCUUCUAGCUCUUAGAGCUUUUCUUGACCGUCAUCUUUAUCCUGUGGAAUACUGGGACACCUGUAGGCUGCAUCCACCUGGGCUGGACUGUGCUGGGAUCAGUUUAUCAGACUUGGUGGUCUGUAAGAGGUGAUGCUACCCACAGAGUUUUGAGAAAUGGGACUCAUAGGCAUCCCGUGUGCCGGGCUUGAAUAGGCUACUGCAUCCCAGAGAAAAGAGUGGCGUGCCACAGGGGACCGUACUAGGACAUCUUCAGAAGCUAAUCGGCAAGAAGGAUUAGCCAUGUCAAAGACGCUGAAGAAGAAGAAACACUGGGCAAGCAAAGUGCAGGAGUGUGCCGUUUCUUGGGGGAACGGCGGUGAGCUCAGUUCUGUGGUGGAGAUACGAGGGGGAGCGGAACACGGGGAGUUCCCCUACCUGGGCCAGGUGUUGUCUGAGGCUGUCGUGUGUCAUGUGGGCAGGUUGCCCGGCCCUGGGGACGUGCUCCUGGAGGUGAACGGCACACCCGUGAGCGGCCUUACCAACCGAGACACCCUCGCCGUGAUCCGCCACUUUCGGGAGCCCAUCCGCUUGAAGACUGUGAAGCCAGGUAAGGUGUUGAACACGGACCUGCGCCACUACCUCAGCCUGCAGUUCCAGAAAGGCUCCUUGGACCACAAGCUCCAGCAAGUGAUAAGAGACAACCUGUACCUCCGCACCAUCCCCUGUACCACAAGACAGCCGAGGGAGGGGGAGGUUCCUGGAGUGGACUAUAAUUUCAUCAGCGUGGGGGAGUUUCGCGUGCUGGAAGAGAGUGGGCUCCUGCUGGAGAGCGGAACCUACGAUGGUAAUUAUUAUGGCACACCCAAACCCCCAGCAGAACCGAGCCCUGUACAACCUGACCUGGUAGAUCAGGUGCUGUUCGACGAGGAGUUUGACACCGAAGUACAGCGCAAACGCACCACCUCAGUCAGCAAAAUGGAGAGGAAGGACAGCGCGGCACCUGAGGAGGAGGAAGAAGAGGAACGGCCUGCACUUGUCAAUGGACUCGCAGAGCAUAAGGAGGGCUUGGAGUGGAGGAAGGCCGUGCCCAGCUACACGCAGGCCGGCAGCGCCAUGGACUUCCGCGCCUGGGGCACGCUGCCACGGGACGAGAGCCAGGAGCCCCUGCCCAAGAACUGGGAGAUGGCCUACACAGAGACGGGCAUGGUCUACUUCAUAGAUCACAACACAAAAACCACGACCUGGCUGGAUCCUCGACUGGCUAAGAAAGCUAAACCACCUGAGAAGUGUGAGGAUGGAGGUGAGAUGGUUCAGCUUUUACUGCACACAUGUCAACCAGAUCUUUCCUCUGAUCAAGCAUAUCAUAUAAAGCUGCCCUACGGCUGGGAGAAGAUUGAGGACCCACAGUAUGGCACCUACUAUGUGGACCACAUCAAUCAGAGAACCCAGUUUGAGAACCCUGUGCUUGAGGCCAAGAAGAAGCUCAGCCAGGAGACGCCUACGGCCAGCAAACCAGGAGCAGUGGUGGCAGCUACAGCCUCAGAGGAGAGUGGUGUGAGGGGUUUUACACGGGACCCGUCUCAGCUGCAGGGGGUGAUACUGCGCACGGCUCUGAGAAAGAGCGCUCAGGGCUUUGGCUUCACCAUCAUAGGCGGGGACCGGCCGGACGAGUUCCUGCAGGUGAAGAACGUGCUGCGGGAUGGUCCGGCGGCACAGGACAACAAGAUUGCCUCUGGGGAUGUGAUAGUGGACAUAAAUGGCACGUGUGUUCUGGGGAAGACCCAUGCUGACGUGGUGCAGAUGUUCCAGUCUGUUGCUGUCAACCAGUACGUGGACAUGGUGCUGUGCCGCGGCUACCCACUCCCGGAGGAUGCCGGGGCCAGUGAUGAUGGAACAAGUGAUAUUGUCCCACCAAUGCAGGAUGUCCAGCCCAGAGGCCCCGAGGUGGCCGCUUCACCCCAGGAGCCACACUAUCCACUCAACGGCCGUUACCCGGAUAACCCUGCCGAGUCCACUCUGCUUCAGCCGGAGCUGGUGAGCGUGCCGCUCGUAAAGGGGCCUGGAGGAUUCGGCUUUGCAAUCGCCGACUGCCCGCUGGGCCAGAAGGUGAAGAUGAUCCUAGAUGCACAGUGGUGCCGCGGCCUGCUGAAGGGUGACGUCAUCAAGGAGAUCAACCGGCAAAACGUUCAGACACUCAGCCACGCCCAGGUGGUGGACAUCCUCAAGGAGCUGCCCGUCGGCGCAGAGGUCAAUGUGCUCGUGCUACGAGGAGGUCAGACGUCUCCUGUGAAGUCUCUGAAACCUUGUGCAGCAGCCAUGCCUAUUACCCAGAAGCACGAGAUGGCCACAAACACGGUCAGCCCAGAAAGCCAGAGCCAACCUGAGCCAGUUCCCCAGUCAUUUCCCUUCCCUCCGAACCUGGUGCGAUCCAAUUCACCCAAACUGGACCCGACUGAGCUCUACCUCAAGUCCAAAGCCAUUUUGGAGAGCAAGCCUGCCAACAUUAAGGAGCUGGAUGUGUUCAUCAAGAGGAAUCAGGAGUCGGGCUUUGGCUUUAGAGUGCUGGGAGGGGAAGGCCCGGAUCAGCCUGUGUACAUUGGUGCUAUUGUGCCCCUGGGAGCGGCGGAGAAAGACGGGCGUUUGCGGGCAGGUGAUGAGCUCAUGUGCAUUGAUGGUGUUCCUGUCAAAGGGAAGUCACACAAGCAGGUGCUGGAGCUGAUGACCAAUGCUGCCCGUAAUGGACAGGUCAUGCUGACCGUGCGAAGGAAGCUGGCCUACACAGACGGAAGGGAGGAUGACAGCGGGCCGUCACACAGUGCUCCUGCCCAGGUGAAUGGCUCUCCUAAACCUCCACACAUUGAGGUGCCCAGUCCAUCCCAGCCAGAGCCCUAUGACAUCACAUUGCAGCGCAAAGACAAUGAAGGCUUUGGCUUCGUCAUCCUCACCUCAAAGAACAAACCACCACCAGGAGUAAUCCCUCAUAAGAUUGGACGGAUCAUAGAAGGCAGCCCUACUGACCGCUGCGGCAAGUUGAAGGUGGGCGACCGCAUCUCAGCUGUCAACGGCCAGUCCAUAGUCGACUUGUCCCACAAUGAUAUAGUGCAACUCAUCAAACAGGCUGGCAACAAUGUCACUCUCACAGUGCUGCCUGAGGAAGAGCACAGUGGACCACCGUCAGCCACUAGCUCAGCCAAGCAGAGCCCAGCCGCUCAGCACAAAGCAGUGGGCCAGCAGGCUGCCAGCCGGGAUGACAGGAGUGGCCUGGAUACAGAAGAACGGAAAGAGGGCGUGGCCUGGGCUGAGUACAGAUCCCUCCCUAAGAGUGAGAUGGGCACUAUGAUCACUUCGGGUAGCAAACAGGGCUGUUUUCUGGUGGAGUUAGAGAGAGGCCCACGAGGGUUUGGCUUCAGUUUGAGGGGAGGAAAAGAGUACAACAUGGGUCUGUUCAUCCUGAGGCUGGCUGAGGACGGACCGGCACUGAAGGAUGGCAGGAUACACGUGGGAGAUCAAAUAGUGGAGAUCAAUGGCGAGCCCACCCAGGGCAUCACACACACGCGGGCCAUUGAGCUGAUCCAAGCUGGAGGCACCAAGGUCUUGCUUCUGCUGCGGCCCGGCCAGGGCCAGAUACCUGACCACAAUGUUAAGGAGAUGAUGACGGGUCCAUUUGCAAACUUCUCAAGAUACCCUGCACCUGAUGAGUCAUCAAUACCAGCAUCUUUGUCCUCCCCCUCUCUCUCGCCUUCUGAGGGCACCCACUCUGCUUCCUGGAUCAUGGCCCCAGAAGAACUCCUCGUCCCAGCGUCCACUUCCUCCCAUGGGCAACAUCACUAUCCCAAAGAUCUCAGAUCCCAACCUAGGAAAAGUGACUCCAGUGUGUCUCAAAGUGACAAUCCUGCUGGUCCCCAGAGGGUAGAUACUUCUCGCAUGGAGCGGAGAGAGCGAUCACGUAGCCCUAAGAAAUCAGAGAAGAAAUUCUCUGGUACUAUGGAGAGCAAGAAUGGCCAUGCCAGCACGCAGAGUCUGGAUAUGUAUGUGGACAGAAAAGCCCAGGGACAAAGGGAGAGGGACGGGCGCUCAACAAGUCCCAGAAAGCACCCUAAAAAGGACCAGGAGACUGGAGCCAGGCAGUUGUCUAGGGGACAGGAGGAACCACAGAGGCACAAUCCUGGCUCUGGAGGGGCUCAAGAAAGGAGACAUGAAGAAGACACUGACCUCCCACAGGACAAAGAAACUGGAGAGAUCAGGCAUGAGAACACGAAGGCGGCUAAUGAACGACGUCGUAGGGAGAAGGGCACUGAGAGUGAUCUGGCACCUCAGAAGUCUCAUUCUCAGAUCCACAAAGAGAGGGCAGUACCAGAGCCUCAGGCCAGUACUCUAAACCGCAAGGGUCACAGAGAGAAAGACAGAGAGCUAAAAGAACGGGAGGCGAAAGAGGGCAGGCACAAAGGGGUAACAUCCGAAGAGAGCAAGAGGGAGACAAGGGGAUCUAGCAGUGUCCCACCGGAGACUUCCUGGAAUGGAAACCCCAGCACCAAGAAAGCCCCCAUAACUCCAGGGCCAUGGAAGGUCCCUAGUUCAGCUAAGAUUCAUUCUCAGGUGGAGGGGAUCUGAUGGAGCCGGUGCUCAGUGUAGAAAUGGAGUUCCUUUUCAUCAGAAUUGCUGGGACAUGAGCCGACUGCGGUCAAAGGAUGGUUUCUCUGAAUCACUGUGUAUUGGAUGCAUAUUUUUUACAUGACUUUUACACCAUAUUGUUAUCUUUGCUGACUUUGAGACGAUGCAUUCAUGAUAUUCAGUGUUCUCAAUUAUGUGUUCAGAUGUCCUCAUGUCUAUGUCGGUGCAUUCGUUGCAUCUACAGUAAGACUCGUCAGACUUGUAUUGUGCCAAUCGGAGACUCCUGGUAGAAAGAGUUGACACAAAUCCCAGUGCUCCUGUCCUGUGAAACCCUGUGAGGUGUGAAGAUUGAAUGCUCUGUUUUCCGGAAACGUGAAGGAAUGUGUGUCUUUAGUUUGGCUUUGCUCUUAUUUCAGACUCCUGCAAAGAUUCAGAAAAGUGUGCACAGUCAGUUACCUUGGACUUUUUCACUAAGCUUGAUUCGCCAGAUGUCCUUGCAUUCUGAAAGAGCCUUCUUGCAAUUUAAAUUGUCCUUGCAAGGAAAGCACAACCAGUGUUGAGAUGAUUAAACAUGAACAAAGGCGAAUAUUAGCAUCACUACCUUUCCUUUAUUGUUAGGCACAUUAAUAAUGCUUGACUGAACUGUACUUUGAGAUGCAAUCCAGGCAGGUGACCAGACUGUGCACACAUAGGGCAGAGUUCCCAAACCAAGAUUAAGCCUAAGCCUAGACUGAAGAUUUUCAGUGACCACUUAUCAUUGGUAUUGCAGUUAAGGCCAAGCUUAUGCUUAAUCUUUGACUGGGAAAAUAGCUCUUGAUAUUUAGGUUGAAUAUUAGUUACAAGCUUUGCAAUGUAUUUUAAAUCAUUUUCAAAGAUCAAUGUGCAUCCAUGUUUAAAUGACCAGACACUUGUGGUUAAGUAUAUUGUUUACUACAUGUGUGUUUAUGAAGAAGUCUAUGUAAUUUAUUGAGAUAAAAAGGUCAAAAUAUAUAGCUUUUUGCAAUCAUAUAUAUACAUAUAUAUAAACAUUGUGCUCCAACUCAGAUUCUAAACAGCUUGCUUCUUCCUUCCAGUACAGUUGUUUGCUGCUUUAGAAUUGCUGACUUUGUGCACUACACGGUUAAGGGAAUGUAUUUUUCAUAUUGCUGCAGCUUUUACUAUUAUACUUUGUCGUACAGCAAGCUACGUACCUUGGGAUUAAGCAUUUGACUAAGUUCUUGGUCAUCAUUAAAAUGAAAUGAAGUUAAAAUAGUAUUAGUAAAUCAUAUUUUUUCAUACAAUGAAAUACAUACAACAUAUAUAUAUUUUUUUGCCCUGUUUCUUUUUAUUUUUCAUAAUACUUAUAUCAAUUAACUUUUUGUAACACAUCACUAACCUGAUAUCAUUGUUUUAAAAUAGGUGGGUUUAAAACAAGAAGACUUUGUCUCUAUAUGAGACAAAUGUGAUGUAAGAAAACAUUCUAACCUAAGCUCAUGUAGCUCAUCAAAUGUAGCUCAUUUGACUAUGUGGCAGCAUCCCCAUAUAUUUGUGUGUGAAACUACCCUGUACAUAUGAUCGGCUGUUAUCAAAAACAUAUCAAAAUGUACAAAAAUGUUUGUUUUUUUUUUUCCAUACGUUUAAAUACCAUUGUGAUUCUCAAUAUAUAUGUGAUUAUAUGCACUUAUUUUUUUCCUGUUUUCGAGAAGGGGAUAUGAACAAGUGGCAGCUUUGAUACUUCAUGAGUUUAAUGAGUUCAUCAGUCCUCGACUUCAUGUUUGGAUUUUUUCCUCCGAUCCUCUCCAUUACACCUAGUCAUGAAACAGUUUUAAGCCUGUUGAGCUUGACUAAUUUUUGUGACUUAUAACCAAAUGGUUCAGCUUCCAAUUCGUUGGUUGGUUUGCAAUAAAAAUGUAUGUACACCACCAUGUAAUAUUUGAUAACUGGUGUCUGUUUAGUCCUGAUUAACAAUGUGAAGCCUUUAGGGACUGCUCAAAUGAACUAACUGAAAAUAAGACUGGACGACUUCUUGUGGUUUGUUUCCCUUGUGCAUCUCAUAUCUCAUGUGUAUGAAACCGUGGCCUUGCUUUGCUUUAUCUAAAAAAAACAACAACAAAAAAACACACACAAAAAAAAAGCUUUUGGAUCUCUACAUUGUGGUAGUUGUAAAUGUUUAUAAAAUGUACAGCACCUGUAUAAAUACUUG